AUGGGAAAAUCGAGGAAGUCAAGAGCAAGUGCUACUACUUCUUCCAAACAAACUACCAAAGACAAAGAAACUCAGAGAUUUGAAGAACCUCAACAGAUUCUGGACACACCCAAUGUGGUCACAUGUGUCAAGAAAGCCGAAGAACUGGUUGUAUGCAACGAAGCAAGGGUGGACUUCGACAACCUAGCUGAUCAUGGUUUCGACAUCAGGGAUCAAGUUGACUUACAAGGUUGGUCUGGUUAUUUCAAUAGGCUAUGUGGUCCUAUUUACCACAAACUGGUGGUGGAAUUCUGGAAAAAUGCAGUUUGCAACGACUACUACGUCGUCUCCCAUGUGCUGGACAGGAAGAUUGUGAUUUCAGAAGAGUCCAUUGCAAAGCUACUGGGUAUGGAGUUCCAACAGGGAAAAAGGAUCAAGAACGUUGAUGCCAAUGUUCCUGGCAUGAGGAAGCAUGUCAAUUUUGCUAUUUAUGACAACUGGACCAUGGAUAGGACCAAGUAUGCUAUAAAGGAUCUGAAGCCUCAGAUGAAGAUCUGGCAGAAGAUUUUCAUAUCCUGCAUCCAUCCCAGAACAGGCGGAACUGAUUACCUCAAUGCAACUCAGAAGGUAAUCAUGUAUUACAUUUCUAGGGGUGAGAACAAGAGGUCUAUUUCUUACAUUCUGUAUGGAAGGCUACUCUCAGAUAUCUUCACGCAGAAUCAGUUGGUCAAGGCUCUUUUUGAUCUGGGACUUCAUGAUGAUUUGGCUAUGACCAUUGGAGAUCCUCUCAAUGGAACUAAGCUGAAGAGAAUGCAGAUUAUUGAGAAAGUUCAGAUUGAACCGAAAGAAGACACAUCUGAAGAGAUACGUCAGAAGAACUACCCUGUUAAUGACUUUCCUCUAUGGUCUAAAAAGGACAAUCCAGCAUGCAUUCUGGAGUAUGUGAGGAUGCUCAGAAGAGAAGGAGAUCAUAUCACCCUUGAAGAAUUUGUCACAACUCUUCCUGACAGUCCUCCUGAGAUGCCAACAAGGAGAGCAAAGAAAACAACCAGCAAGCCUUCAGAUCCCAAGGGCAAAGGGAUUCUGAUAGAAGAACCUAAAAAGAAGAAAGUUGCAUCCAAGUCAGUGGUCAUCAGGGAACCCACUCCAGAAAGACCUCCUAAGAGAACCUCAGUGCAAUCACCUCAACUAUCUGAGUCUGAAAGCUCUGAGAACUCCUUGGAAGAAUCCUCAAGUGAGGAGACUGAAGAUGAUGAUGUUCCUCUAGCCAAGAGGCGAAAAGUUAUUUUUGAGGAAGAAGAUGAGCAGGAUGACUGUGAGAUCAUCUAG